AAUGUCCAAUAAGAGCCAUGGUAGUGGAAUAACGGCUAAUGAUGAUGGGAGUUAAAUCGUUCUCCAACCCACCGCACUGUCUGCAAAAGAGAAGCUUUGAGGAAAGAGGAAGCACCCCUUCCCUUUUCCUCUAAAAAGAGAAGAGAUCGAGGGCUUUGGAUUCCUCCUCUUUGACUACAGACUCCGAUCGCCGCGCCGUAGUUUGGGGCCGAGAGCUCGCUGGGUUUGCUUUCCUAAUUCUUCUCAGAGCUCAAAAACGAUUAACUUCCUUCUGAAUCGUUUUUGAUGAAUUUCUGAAGGUUUUUUGGCUGAAAGUUUGGGAGUUUUAGCCAAUUUUUGGAUUAAUUUCGCUUCUUUGCCCUAAGAGUCUUGUUAUAUCUGUUGAUGUAGAGGUUAAGGUGGAGGAAAGGAGGCGCCUUUCUUGUUGGGGAUUUAACCCAGCAAGCGGUUUGAAUGAUAUUUAGAAGAAAGAUGCCUCCUUUUUAAGUUUUGGAGUCCAUCUUUUUUAGUUUUUCUUUCUUUUCUUGUUUGGGGAUAUGGUUCUGUUGCUCAGAAGUGAGGAAGGAGAUUCGAAAUCCGUUAUGAAGUCUUUGUAAGCAGUUUUUGCUGUGGGAAGUAGUACCAAUUAGGUGGAGAUUUUGCUUGGUGAUAAAAAGGAGACUCCUUUCUUUGAUUAUGUUUGUUGUUGCUCCCAAUUUCCUUUGAUAUCUUCUCUAGUAUAUUGUAUUCUGAAAACUUGUGAGAAGACGCAUUUGGAACUGUGGAGAUUUGGGGAUUUCACUCCCUCUUAACUACCAUGAGGAACCUCUUCCUCUCCGAUUCCUCCUGCAAAGAAACCAAGCUCCAUACUUUUAAUCCUCAAUCAUGGCUUCAAGUUGAAAGAGGGAAGUUGUCUAAGUCCUCCUUUCAUUCUCCUUCUUCCAUUGAAUCGGUCAUAAAGGUUGCUGAGCCACCGGUUCUCCCUCUCUUUAAGCCUGUGGACUAUGUAGAAGUCUUAGCUCAGAUACAUGAAGAGCUCGAGUCAUGUCUGGCGCAUGAGAGGUCAAACCUGUACUUACUCCAAUUUCAGGUUUUUAAGGGUCUUGGAGAAGUCAAAUUGCUUCAGAGGAGCCUCCGUUGUGCUUUUGAGAAGGCAAGAACAGUUCAUGAGAAACUCAUAUUUGGAGCAUGGCUGAAGUAUGAGAAACGGGGAGAAGAACCAAUCUCGGAUCUUCUUGCCUCCUGCAGGAAGUGCUUUCAAGAAUUUGGAUUGUUGGACAUUGCAUCUGAGAUCCCUGUUGAGAUUGUUGAGACGGUUGACGCAUGUAAUUCCUGUGGAUUGCAUGUUUCCGAUUCUGUAUGUUUCCAAAUAAGAGGUGAAAAAAUUACCUGUGAUCGACAGAAGAUUGCAGCUUUGUCCACUCCAUUCCAAACCAUGCUUAAUGGGUGCUUUGCGGAGUCAUAUCUUGAAGUCAUAGAUAUGUCUGAAAAUGGCAUCUCGCCACUGGGAAUGAGAGUAAUCGGUGAGUUCAGUCUCUCAGGUAAUCUGAGUGAUUUAUCACCAGAUGUUCUGUUGGAAAUAUUAGUAUUUGCAAAUAAAUUUUGUUGUGAGAGGCUUAAAGAUGCUUGUGACAGGAAACUUGCAUCUUUAGUUUCUUCGAGGCAAGAUGCUAUAGACCUUAUGGAGCUGGCACUUGAAGAAGGCUCUCCUGUUCUUGCUGCUUCAUGUUUGCAGGUUUUUCUUCAUGAACUUCCUGAGUGUUUAAAUGAUGAGGAAGUGGUAAAAAUCUUCUCGAAUGCCAAUGAACAGCAGAGAUUGAUCAUGGCUGGCCAUGCCUCAUUUUCACUGUAUUGCUUGCUAAGUCAAGUUGCCAUGAAAGCUGAUCCGAGGUCAGAGGUUACAACAUGCUUUCUGGAGAAGUUGGUAGAGUCAGCAAUGGAUAAUAGGCAGAAGCAGUUGGCUUUUCACCAACUGGGAUGUGUGAGGCUUUUGAGGAAAGAGUAUCAUGAAUCUGAGUGCCUGUUUAAUGCUGCAUAUGCUGCUGGGCAUGUCUAUUCUAUUGCUGGAUUGGCUAGAUUGGCUGCCAUCAGGGGUAACAAGCUUUUGUCUUAUGAUAUGCUAAGCUCUGUGAUAUCUUUCUAUAACCCCCUUGGGUGGAUGUAUCAAGAGAGAUCUCUUUAUUCUGAUGGGGAUAUCAAGUGGGAAGAUCUUAAUAAGGCAACUGAGUUGGACCCAACUCUUCUUUACCCUUACAUGUUUCGAGCAACAUAUUUGAUGAGAAAACAAAGCAUUGAAGCUGCCCUUAUGGAAAUUAACCGUAUUCUUGGAUUCAAGCUGGCCUUGGAAUGCUUAGAACUACGGUUUUGUUUCUAUCUGGCACUCGAGGAUUACAGGGCAGCACUUUGUGAUGUCCAGACAAUUCUUACACUGUCUCCUGAGUACCGAAUGUUUGAAGGUCGUGUAGCUGCUUCCCAGUUGCGGACCCUUGUCUGGGAGCAUGUGGAACACUGGACAACUGCAGAUUGUUGGCUGCAGCUAUAUGAUCGAUGGUCAUCAGUAGAUGAUAUAGGUUCUCUCUCAGUUAUCUAUCAGAUGCUUGAAUCUGAUUCUUCCAAAGGUGUACUGUACUUCAGGCAAUCUUUGCUUCUUCUUAGGCUGAACUGUCCUGAAGCAGCAAUGCGCAGCCUGCAGCUAGCGCGCCAGCAUGCAGGAAGUGAACAUGAACGUCUGGUAUAUGAGGGGUGGAUUUUGUAUGAUACUGGUCACUGUGAGGAAGGGCUACAUAAAGCAGAAGAGUCAAUUUCCAUUCAGAGGUCAUUUGAGGCUUUCUUUUUGAAAGCCUAUGCAUUGGCAGAUUCAAACCUUGAUCCUUCAUCCUUUGCAACUGUGAUCUCACUUCUUGAAGAUGCUUUGAAGUGUCCUUCUGAUAGACUUCGGAAGGGUCAA